AUGUCUUAUUUGUAUGGUAUAGAAUGCUGGGGUGGAUUUCAUUUCGUUGAGUAUACCAAGGAAUGGAUGCCAUUGAUUAAUUUAGCUAUUCCAGGCAUUUUAAUGACAGAAGCUGAAUAUGUCGCUUGUCAAAUAAUCAAUUUCUUAGCAGCAUCCAUGGAAACGAUUCUCAGCGCAGUCUAUAGCAUCUAA